UUUUUUUUCUUCCAUUCAUCCGGAAGUUUUUUGUUGUCUCCCUUAAUUUCUUCUUUACUUUCAAAACGAUCGUCGAAGUUUAUUAGAAGUGUUCUGAAAUGGAACCUAAUAACAAUGGAGAGGCCGCCAAGAGUUCAAGAAAAAGGAAGAUGAAGGAUGUUGUUGUGACGGAGGCGACCCCGACACCAACUUCGGUCGUUCAAAGUCGGCUCCCUGUCCGAUAUUUCCCGAUGCACCAGCCUCCUAAUACACCGAGUCUAAGCCUCAAUAUUCAUCAUCCGUCAGCCGUCGAUUACAACCAAAACACUAGUAGUACUUUCCGGUUCGACCUCAACACAAGGCCGAGUCCAACCCGGGUUCCAAAUUCAUUCCCCAACGAAAGCCAUGACCCCUACUCCAUCAAACCCGCAUCAUCCUUCACGGAAUUGUUGACCGCGGGUGAUGACGAUCUUAUGCCUAGAUACGUGAUGGAGCAGAAUGCUCACAUCGAUCAGUUAAUCGCCGCACAGGGAGACCAGCUGAGGCGUUCAUUGGCGGAAGCGCAACGAAGGCAGUACUGUUUGCUGUUGUUCGAUGCGGAGGAGCGGGCCGCGAAGAAGCUUAAGGAGAAAGACUUGGAACUGAGCGAGAUGGCGAGUCAGAAGGCGGCGCUGGAACACAAAGAAGUGGCGCUUCACCGGGAGAUUUCUGAGCUGCAGAGAAGGGUGAAGGCGCUGGAGCGUGAGAACGGAGCGUUGAGGCUUGACGUUCAAGAGGCUUUAAUCUUAGGCGGGAAACUCGAGUCUAGCGGGUAUUCCGACGAGAACGAUGACGUGCAGUCGGCCAACAACGUGGACCCGGCCGGAAGUAGAGUGGAGCCCGUGCGGCUCGUGUGCAAGGUCUGCACGAGACAGGUCGCUAAUAUGAUGAUGUGGCCUUGCCGCCACCUCUGCCUCUGUAAGGGUUGCGCCGGCCCCGUUCGUGCUUGUCCGGUUUGUAGACGCCGUAGCAUCAACACGGUUGAGAUCAACCUUAAAGAUGAGUGAUGACUAUGCACAAUAGAUUCCAUGGUUACUGAAAUUCCUCUUCUGCUAGUUGCUACUUGCUAGUACUAUAUAAUUUUUGGAAUUGUUUGUGUUAGAUCAUGACACAAAUUAAGAUGGGAAUAUUGUUUUAUUUUGUGCG